AAAGCAGCGUGGGAUCAUUUUGUGACGUCACACACGGCUGCCCAGGCGAGGGGAAGACAGGCUGGAAAAAACAUGUAACGGUGCUCCGCAUCCACCCUGCUGGGACCCAGCUCGCCUGAAUAGAGCAAGUUCCCCUCAAUCACAUUGGGAUUUAAGGGGGUGGUGGGGAAGGCCAGACCCCCUUUGGCCUCCCCCCCACAGAUGGACAAAGCCAUGAGUACAACCGGCAAAGCUAGUGGGCUCAAGCCCCCUAGUAAGAUAGCUCGUCCACCUGUGGUGGCCAUCAGGACCACCCCGUCCUCAGGAACGCUGAAACCCUCGGAGAAGUCCCUCGGCAGCAUCACCUCCCCCACCCAGGAUGGCGGCACUGACUUCCAGAUGGGUGAGAGGGUCUGGGUCAACGGCAACAAGCCCGGCCACGUUCAGUUCCUGGGCGGAACGCAGUUCGCUCCGGGGCAAUGGGCGGGCAUCGCGCUGGACGAGCCUAUCGGGAAGAACGAUGGGUCGGUGGCAGGGGUGCGCUACUUCCAGUGCGAGGACGGGAGGGGGAUUUUUACUCGACCCUCCAAGCUGUCCAGAAGUCCCCUGCCGGAGAAGGAGGCCAACGGGGGGCAGGCCCGGCAGGGAGUCCCGAAUGCCGAAGGUGAGCCGGCGCCAGCUGGGACGACACCAACAGCUCAGGGCGGGAAGACGAGUGCCGUCCUGAACCGAGUUCUCGCAUCCAGCGAGUCCAUGUCCAACCUGUCUGAUACAGAAUCCGCUAAGAAGAACAAGCGGGAGCUCAGGAGAGGAGACCGUGUCCUGGUUGGUGGGACCAAAGCAGGAGUGGUUCGCUUUCUGGGAGAGACAGACUUUGCCAAAGGGGACUGGUGCGGAGUGGAACUGGACGAACCGCUGGGCAAGAACGACGGGGCCGUAGCAGGGACCAGGUACUUCCAGUGCAUGGCCAGGUACGGCCUCUUCGCCCCCGUCCACAAGGUGAUGCGUAUUGGUUUCCCGUGCACCACGCCCACCAAAGCCAAAGGCUCCCGCAGGAGGUCUCUCCUCAAGAGGAGCCCCAGCGCCUCCUCCAUCAGCUCCAUCAGCUCCACCACCUCCUCCAUCAGCGGCAAACCCAGCCGAGCGGGACUGCUGACAGAGACAUCUGCCCGAUACGCUCGCAAGAUCUCCGGCACCACGGCGCUGCAGGAGGCGCUGAAGGAGAAGCAGCAGCACAUCGAGCAGCUCCUGGCCGAGCGCGACCUGGAGCGAUGCGAGGUGGCCAAGGCCACCAGUCACGCCGGGGAGGUGCAGCAGGAGCUGACUCUGCUCAGGAAGGGCCGGGAUCAGUACGCGGUGGAGAUGGAGGCCAAGCUGGACCAGCUGAGGUCCAUGGUGGAAGCAGCAGACCGCGACAAAGUGGAGCUGCUCAACCAGCUGGAGGAGGAGAGGAGAAAAGUGGAAGACCUGCAGUUUCGCAUGGAGGAGGCGUGCAUCACCAAAGGCGACCUUGAGACGCAGACCCGCCUGGAGCACGCCCACAAUAAGGAGCUGGAGCAGAGUCUGCUCUUUGAAAAGACCAAAGCGGAAAAACUCCAGCGGGAUUUAGAGGACACUAGGGUGGCCACGGUGUCGGAGCGCUCGCGCAUCAUGGAGCUGGAGCGGGAGGUGGCCGACCUCCAGCUGUGUCUGCGGGCAUCCCGGCAAAAGGAGGACGCCGUGUCUCUGUCCCAGCAGCAGAUGAGCAGCCUCAAGGCCCAGGCGCAGUCUCAGGAGAAGAAGAUCAGUGAGCUAAGUGUGGACCUGGAGAGCAAAGACCAGGAGCUGCGGUCUGUUCAGGAAGAUAAGAAGUCUGUGCAGCAGCAACUAAGUAGCUUGAGGCUGAAGCUGGAACAGGCCGAGGAGGAGAACGCCAGGAUGGAAAAGACCACGCAAGAGCUGGAGCAGGUGAAGGAGGAGGUGCAAGUGCUGCGAGAGGAAAGCCGGUGCAGAGAAAAGGAACUGAAAGCUGGCUUGGCUCAGGCCGCCGGGACGUGCGAGGAGAUGAGCAACGAGAGGAAGGCGCUGCAGACGGAGCUGGACGCUUUGAAACAGCAGAAUUCCAAAUACCAAGAGGAGCUCAGUCUUUCCCAGGAGCAGCAGCACCUCCUCCGCAAGGAAAUAGAGAUGAUGUCCAAGCAGGACGCAGACCUCCAGGAAACCUCUGCCGUCUCAGACAAAGACCGUGAGCUGGAGACGCUCAGGAACGAGGUGGCGGCGCUGCGAGGCGAGAACGCCGUGGCCAAGACGCUGCAGUCGGCUGUGGAGACGCUGGAGCGAGACAAAGCACAGCUGCAGGAGCGCGUCGGCAGGCUGGAGCUGAGGCUGGUGGGACGCAGCGCCUCCGAGGAUGGCGGCGGCGGGCGGGAGGCGACGCUCUCAGGCGAGGCGGCGCUGGAGCAGCUGAGGGAAGAGAAGGAGUUCGCCGAGGGCCAGAUCAACUUCCUGAACAGCGUCAUCGUCGACCUGCAGCGGAAGAACGAAGAGUUGAAGAUCAAGCUGAAGAAGCUGGCCUUGGCUGAGUUCAAUGGCAACGAUGACGGUUUGGAGCAUCCUGAGUCCAAGCGCGAGAAGAAGGCCACGCCGCGCCUCUUCUGCGACAUCUGCGACCGCUUCGACCUUCACGACACGGAGGACUGCCCCACGCAGGCCCAGAGCCCCGACUCGGUGCCGCACUCCAGCUACCGCGGCAGCCGGGCCGACGAGCGCCCGUACUGCGACAUCUGCGAGGCCUUCGGCCACGCCACCGACUCGUGCAACGACGACCAGACCUUCUAGGACUUCCCCGUCCGUCACGCCUGCACAUGUAUUUUUAUAUGGCCGCGCACGUGCACGCGCACGCGCACGCGCCCCCAAACACGCUACUUUAGUGCAAUAUUUACCCACCUUUCUUACUCAGCUAUUCUAAAACCUUCUUUUCAUCAUUUUAGCACGCAUGUGGCGCCAAGAGGAAGGACCUGUGACACUUGGACAUUCCUGUGAAGCUAACAAGCAUCAGCUAGUACAUCACUUUAACGCUAACUAGCAUGGUCUCCACUACUUCCUGCAAAAUGAUCUCGCUAUGCUAGCAUUUCAGGAGCUUCCACAAAAAUGUUACAUUUUUUAAAAAUGUUAUGGCCACUAUUUUUUUAAACAUCACCAUGAAAUCUUAUUUAUCCAGUGGUUGUGGUUACGUUACCUUACAGUUGCGUUUUGUUGACAAAACUUUCAGCGACAUAAGCUAGCACCUGCUGUUGUGUUCUACUGUAGCAGCUCUCUCUCCUUUGCACUGUUUACACUUUCAAAAAAAUAAGACAUUUACUACGAUAUCGGUACAUCGAGGGGGGGGCGGCAGCACAGUUGUUUCUUGUUGGUGAUGACAAUAUAUCAUUUUAACACCAUUCACAAUUAUGCUUAGCACAAGCACAGACUGUAAACCUUACUUGGCAUUAGCGUAAAGCACAGCUGCUUAGCAUAUGUUAGCAAAAGUACCCAGCUACAGCGAGCUAGCGUAGCUUGGUCUGUAAAAGGACCCUGUAACGAGAGUUAGCGUCACCAUCUCAGAAGCUAACAGUUACAAGGCAAAAAUAUUGUCUCUCCUGACCUACAAAAUGUUCUAUUUACGUACAAGCACAACUUUGAUGACUUUGUAAUCCACAUUGUGACAAAAUAAAUGUUCAAACCUUGUACAUAAGAGAAAAAUGAAGACAAGCUGCUGUCAUAGCUGGCGCUAGCUAGCUAACGCUUGCUUGUGCUAGCUGAUGUUAGCUAGCUAACGCUAGCUCGUGCGAGCAUGAAAAGAGCAGCGCGGUGGCGUUACCAUAUGCUAUUUUUCUGCCCUGUUAAGACGAGCCCUGUGCUCCCGUUUGUAUGGAAAUGUUGUGACCUUUCUUAAACAGUAGGUGAUUUUUGUUGUUGUUCUUUUGUGGAAUGAUUUCUCUGUGUGACAGCGUGUGUUGAAAUGUCGUGUUGACACUUUUCUAUGUACAAUAAAACAAUGUGUACUCUUUCAUCAAACAAUACAAAGAACAACAAAACUUUCUCUCCUUUGCAUUUCCUCCACGCAUGCCAAGAAAUAGCGUGUCAUCAUCAACAGGAUUAACAUUGAAAUACACAGCAAGUAUCAAAAACAGCAAAGAAGUAGCGAGAAGGAAGUCGUGUUUUUCGAGAAAAGUUGUUUUUCCAGUCUUUUCUGUUGUAUUUUUAGAAAUAAACAUGUGAUAAUAGAUUUUUACCGGAAGUAUCAACCUGUUGCCUUAGCAGAAAAAAAGAGAUUGCAAUCUGAUGGGAAUAGUGACGAUAUAUUUACAGACAAGACAUUAAAAAAAAGUCCUAACAUGACGACAAUAAAGUUGUAAUAGUACGUGUUUUUUUAUUAGUUUUAAUGUAUUGAGAAUCUAAA